GCUAUCCUGUCCUGGCUUGUCCAUGAGCAUCACUCUGAUUAUCCCUCCUCUCCAUCUCUCCCUCUCUGAUUCUCCCUCCUCUCCAUCUCUCCCUCUCUGACCCGUACUCCUCUCCAUCUCUUCCUCUCCAAAUCACUGUCUCCAACUCUCCCUCCACCUCUCCCCUCUCCGUCUCCCCUUCCACCAUGAGUCUGAGGUCCAAGCAUAUCUCCAGCUCCAGUGACCAGCUCAGCAGCCCUCUCCACUCUGUCUCAGUCAACAUGAGCCUGCUGGCCCCCCUCAAUCUGGAUAUCGACCCCAACCUGCAGGUCGCCCGCAUCCACGAGAAGGACCAAAUCAAGGGCCUCAACAACCGCUUCGCCUCCUUCAUCGACAAGGUGCGUUUCCUGGAGCAGCAGAACAAGAUGUUAGAGACUAAGUUUGAUCUGCUGCACGGUAAGCAGACGGGCCGCUCACACAUCGAGCCUCUGUUCGAGGCCUAUAUGGCCAACCUCCGUCGCCAGAUGGACCUGGUGAACAACAACAAUACCAAGCUGGGUGGAGAGCUGAGGAACAUGCAAGGUCUGGUGGAGGACUUCAAACACAAAUACGAAGACGAGAUCAACAAGCGACAAAAUAUGGAGAACGAAUUUGUGAAUCUGAAAAAGGAUGUGGACUCGGCACACAUGGUGAAGGCAGACCUGGGAGACAAGGUGGGAGCUCUGACUGAUGAGAUCAACUUCCUCAGGUUCAUCUAUGAAGAGGAGCUGCGUGAGCUGCAAGCCAGUAUCAGGGACACCUCUGUGGUGGUACAGAUAGACAACAGUCGUGACCUCAACAUGGACCAGAUAGUGGCUGACGUCAAGGCUCAGUAUGAGGACAUCGCUGUUAAGAGCCGAGAGGAGGCUGAGAUGUGGUACAAGUCCAAGUUGGACCAGAUUGCCAUCCAGGCCACGCAGUAUGGAGACGAGCUGAGGAACACCAAGGGAGAGACAGCCGAAAUCAACCGCUUGAUCGUCCGUCUGCAGAGUGAGAUAGAGGCUGUCAAACAACAGCGUGCCAACCUGGAGAACCAGAUCGCUGAUGCUGAGGGCCGUGGGGAGCUGGCUGUGAAGGAGGCUAAGUCCAGGAUCAGAGAUCUGGAGGAUGCUCUGCAGAGGGCCAAGCAAGACAUGGUCAGGCAGCUCAGAGAGUACCAAGACCUGAUGAACAUCAAGCUGGCCCUGGACAUAGAGAUAGCCACCUACAGAAAACUACUGGAGGGAGAGGAGAGCAGGAUUGGACAUCAAUCUAUUGUCAAUAUCCAGUCGGUGUCCAGCUACAGUUCUAAGAGCAGCUGUAACAAAUACCUCAGCAGCUUCAGCUCAACACCCAAGCUGCUGAUUAAAACGAUUGAACAACGAGGAAGCUCCAGAUUCAGCUCUCACUGAGGAGCCCUCAGAUCCUUCUGGCUUGGGAUGAAGAGUUUAUAUCACAUGUAUUGCUUCUUUUGUUUAUGUGC